AGUUGUAAGGCUACGCACCAGCUGAUAGUGCAACGCUUGAUGCUGUUAUUGUAGCGCCUUCCACAGCAAAUCGUCGCUAGCUACCGCUUGAACCGGUUCGUACGGUGCGUAGACUGAAUCAGUCUAUUGCUCACGUUAACUGUGGUUAGCAAUGAUCACUCGAAGAAGAACAAGGAGUAUCCUGAUUGAUCUUGUGUUAAGCUGCAUGCUGGUGGCAGCUGCACUGCAAAGUAGCGCUGCAUUGAAAAAGUACAAACCGUGUGUGACGGCUGCGGGAAAACCGGGACGAUGUGUACAUUUCUGGGAGUGCCAAGCGCUGAUAGAAAGAUUUAGAAAUCCACCACCGCAGGACGAUCAGGAGGAAUUCUUACAAAGCAGCAUCUGUGGACAUUCCGAUGGUUCACCGAUGAUUUGUUGUGCAUUGUUACUGCCGCAACCACCGAGCUGCGGAAGGAACGCCAGCGACCCACAGUUCGGUGUACAAGCAACGCGCAUUGGCGAGUUUCCUUGGACGGCAUUGAUUGAGUACGAACGAUCAAAUAGCCACUUCGGAUACCAUUGCGCUGGUACGCUCAUCAACCAACGUUACGUGUUGACGGCCGCUAACUGCGUGAGUGACAUUCCGAGGUGCUGGAGAGUGCACAGUGUACGAUUGGGCGAGUGGGACUUUAGUACUUCCGAUGCGUGCUAUAGCGGUAACUCCGCCUCGUGGACAAUCGACAUGCCCAUCGAACAGAUUAUCGUGCACAGUGGGUACAAUCGAAUGGACGAGAGGCAAGCGAACGAUAUUGCGUUGGUGCGAUUAGCGGGUGAUGUGCAAUACACCGCUCACAUCCAGCCAGUUUGUUUGCCUUUCCAAAAAACAACCACCCUCGUUGCCUACACCGUUGGAUGGGGUAUAACGGCCAAAGGUGUGGCUACUCACGAGAAAAUGAUAACCCACUUGACGGUAUUGAAUAAGGAGGAGUACUUGUCGGUUUACAAAUGCUUCCACAUUACGCCGGGCCAGAUGUGCGCGAGAGCGGUGAGGGCAGUCCGUCAAACUGGCAGCUGCGAUCCGGGUGGUCAGCUGUUGCGUUAUCACGACAAUGAAUACUAUCUGAUCGGCGUCGGUAGCUAUGGGUUGGAGAACUGUGGCACCGGGGAUUCUCCGGUCGUGUAUACCAAAGUUGAUGAGUACAUCGAUUGGAUUGAGAGCACUAUCUACUGAGCCGCGUACCGAAGAUUAUAAACAGAAUUCAUGGGGCACCAAAUAAAUGAUCAACUGUUUUCGAUUGUAGCCUCAUCUUUAAUGCGGUAUUUUUGAUG